AUUUCGUGUGCUGAAUACAAAUGAAUGGAAUUUUCCGUUGUCAAUGUGCGCGAAACUGAACGGUGGACUUUGUUGCCGGAUGAUUUCCCUGCGAUUUCAAGCUGCAGAAAAGUGGAGAAAUUCUCCGUUUUUGCUCCAGCUUUGACCACGGAAGGCAAGGAACAUACUUCGGAGGCAGCAUCCUCACACGUAGUGAUAUCUGUAAAGACUUUGCUCCAAAAUGGCGGUCCAAGAGGGCUCUGUAGCCCAAGCACGUAUGAUGCUACAAAGGCUGUCCACUAGAGACAGUGCCUGCCGACUCAACACCUUAGAACAACUCUGCUCCUGCAUCGCUUCCCUCCACGAAGACGUCUUGGAACAGCGCUCCAACAGUGUCGAGGAAAGCGACGCUUACAUCGAUGGCUGCUUAGCCACAAACUGCCGGGACGGAGUCCACGAGAACCUACUGCAGCCACUGACCAGCGUUCUGCGCUUGGCUGUCCAGUGCCCAUUUAAGGAUGUGCAGGAAAAAUGCAGUAGUCUUCUGAGUGAAUACAGGGAAAAAGGAGUCAAAGUCCCCAGGCAAUGUGGCAACGGUCCUUCAGCAUUCAUACCAAGAUCAGAGUUUGCAGCUGCGCAGAACGGACGAGAUGAAAAGGCGAAAGAUUUAUUCAUCGACGUCUUCCUUCAGAGCAAUCGGUUAGACCAUUUGACGACGGUCAUGGGCUUACACCCCAGCUACCUAGAAGCGUUCCUCCGGACCCAAGACUUCAUGUUACGGGGGGACGGCCCCUUACCGUUUCACUACAGACACUUCAUCGCAAUAAUGGCCACAGCGCGACACCAAUGCAGCUACAUUGUCAGGUUACAAGAGAACGAGUUCCUGGCUCAGGGGGGAGACCCAGACUGGCUGAGGGGGUUGACCUUCAUCCCAGACAAACUCCGACGACUGGCCGAACUCAUCAAACUUCUGGUGCACCAACCAUGGCUUAUCACCAAAGAACACUUAGAUGAUCUUUUGAAGGGUCCGUCGAGUUGGGCGUUAUCGGAGCUUGUCCAGGCCAUCGUACUGACCACCCACUUCAGCUCCCUGGCCGGGAUGGUCUUCGGCUGUGGGGUCAACCCGGAGAUCGACAUGGAGGGUGGACACACCUGCAGACCACCCUCGCUUGGUGACGACCCGAGCAGUCCGUCCAACAACAACUAUUCAGAUGAAUCGGAAGGAGCGAGUAGCAACAUUGAGGCGCUGAUGCAGAAACUGAGGGAGCUGGAGGAGCAAUCGGAGCCCGACGAAACCCAAGAAGAAAAACUGAAAAAAUUUGAGAAGGUGGAGAAGCAGAAUGUGGAAUUGUCGCCACCCUGUGACGAUCCCUGCCAGGACACGUCGGAUCUGUCCCACUACCUUAUCGAGCCGGACUUCAAGUACAAGGACUUUGCCAAGCGAGGAGAGGUCUCGCAGAUACCCACGUUCAAAGCACAGGAUUAUUCUUGGGAGGACCAAGGCUUCUCGUUAUUGAAUCGUUACUACCCAGACGUGGCGCCUAUGCUGGAUGACAAGUUCAGGCUCGCCUAUAGCCUGACCUACAACACUAUGGGCAAGAAGGAGCAAGUCGACACGUCCCUCUUACGACGAGCCAUCUGGAACUACAUCCACUCGCUCUUCGGCAUCCGGCACGACGACUACGAUUACGGCGAAGUCAACUCACUGAUGGACCGUGCCCUGAAGACCUACAUCAAGACGGUGUGCUGCUACCCGGAGAAAGUCACCGUCAGUCACUACGAGUCAUUCUGGAGGGAUUUCAAACACUCGGAAAAGGUGCAUGUGAAUCUGAUGGUGCUGGAGGCCAAGAUGCAGGCUAGCCUCCUGUACAGCCUGCGCGCCGUCAUGUGGCUCUACACAAGAUGACCCGGUCCAACGCAGAACAAGACUACUGCCACCCGCCGCCCAAUCAAAGUCUAUGAAAACCUUCCACAACACAGCUGAGUAAUUGCUGCCCUUCUUACUCCAGCGGGGCAGCAUAUCUGCCCUUCUUAACCCAGAGGCGGCAGCAUAUCUGCCCUUGUCAAUCCUGAAGGGGUAGCUUAUCUGCCCUUCUCAAUCCAGUGGAAGCAGCAGAUCAAACAUAAACCUGCCUGAAAAGCAAUACUGUGUUCAGUAGUUUUAAAAAGCCUGAGCGUUUUAUUCCUCCCUCUGCAGGGUCAACGGCUGCUUACAAACCAAACAGGUUUUAGUAAGGGUUUUGGAAAAAAAACAUGUAUAGAUCUUCCUUGGUGCUUCUUCUUGGAUAUGUAGUUGUAAAGCUUGCAGUUGGCGUGGCAGAGUAGAUGGUAUUUGUGUACAUAAUUACAACAGUUCCACGAUAAAUCGUGUUUUCACAAACGGGGCAUUAGUUGGAAUAUAUACCGGUACUGUUUAGACCAAAGGAUUCAUAUUUGCCCAUUUUAACUGAGUAUUAUCGUGUUCUGUCUGUGCUUUGCCAUACCACUGCAGGCUUAGCAAUCUAUCUGGGACUCUUUGUGACUACGAAAGAAAAAAAAUGAAUCGCAAAUUUAAAUAAAUAUGAGUUUGUGUGUGUGUGCUUGUACAUAGUCGGUGUUCCUUUACCUUGGUCAAACCAAAAAAGGAACAACGGUCAGCUGUAGAGUCAGUGUUGAAUGUCUGUACAUUGUUGAAUUGAAAAAAAAACAAGAAAACUGGCACUCUAAAUGAUGAUAUCGUUGAAAAAAUUAUAAAGUCUUGACUUGUGCUAGUUUUAGUUUUCUGUGUUCCCCUGGUAGAUUAUCACUUCCUGUGUUAACAAAAUCCAAAUAAAUAGAAAAAAAUUAUGUAAGAAAGCCGUAAUACAAGCUCGUUGGUGUGAAAAAGCUUAACAAUGACUAAUCAAUCCUAGGUUAACGAUUUCCAAAUGAAAAACGAAAGGAAAUUUCUAAUAUUUGAGAAAAUCUCCUGUCAUUUGUCUUGAAAUGUGGAAUUGUGUAUAUAUGCAAAUAUCCCGUAAGUGGGAAAAAAGUCUGGAUAAUUCCAAAUGUAACCAUUGUACAAUUGAAUUGGCUUUGCAGUUCUAAGUGAUUCCCCACGUUUCCCCAAAUAUGAUUGUAAUUGAAGUCUUGCAAGCACAAGUGUUGUAUGUUUUAUCAGUGCCAGUCCAUGUACAAAGUAAACGGUCAAUAGCAUUGUACUGCUGUUGGUGUUUCUUGAUGAUUAUUACAUUUAAUGCCUUUUUGUUUUGAAAUUUGUUACUUUUUUUUGACUGAAAAUUCUCAAGCAGUGAAGUUCAAAUAUUUGAAGUAGGGCUGUGACAACCCCAAGUUUUUGAAGACAUUCGGGGAAAUUUCUCUGUUGAAGAUCAUUUUGCCAUCAGUAUUUUCUGUCAAAAAAUAAGAAGUCAUUUUUUUUUUGAAUAAUGAAUCAGAUUAUUUUUUUUCCGUCGAAUGGUGCAUAUAAACAUGUAUUAUUUGUUUGUAUAUAGGUGUACAGUGUUUCUGCAUGCAGAUUUCAUGUAUAGGGGAUCUAUUUAUACCCAUUGUUACCGUGGUUACAAUCAGCAUUGCGUUGAGUGUUUAUAGGCAAGAGAAAUUGGGGGGGGGGGGCGGAGCAUUGAAGUUGAAGGUUUAUUUAUUGCCAAAAUGCUUGAUUUCAAGAAAACUGAUUAAUUUUAAAAGUGGUGCAGCUGUUUGAAAUCGUAAGCGUUGGUUCUUUUUGAUAAAAAAAAAAGUGGUUGUGAUCGAUUUGACAAGCUGAAUGAACAAAACAUUUGGUUUUUAGGGUCGAGUCGGGUUAAGUAUUAUUUUUUGGCGUCUGCGUAAUGUAGCUACUUUGGGAAUUGGAUGUAAAAUUGCGCUGCAGAUUGGUUUUUUUUUUCUUUUUAUGGUUUGUAACGGAAAACCAACAUUAAUGGGAAGGGUCUCGAUGCUGUCACCACGUGCUGUAUUUUCUGGGCUAAAAACACCAACAUUCACCGAGCUGAAAUAUUUUACUGAUGUCGAUUGCUGAACAGAUUGAUUCUCUGUUGCGAAGCAAGUGACAAAUGUUGGUUUUAGGCCGACGAAAUAGCUUCGUGAAUAUUGGCAACCGAUUUUGGAAUUAGCCAGAAACCGAACUGCGAGGCAAAAUUUGCUCAGAGAUUUUUUGAAGAACUUUCGAAUGAAGAAAGUGAGGUUGAUCAAUAGUAAUUAGCUCUGAAAUGAAUCAAGCGUUGUUUUGAAAACAAAUGUUGUGUUUAUUUUCAACCCCCAAAAAGACAUUUUGGGUUGAGGUGUGGCUUAUCACAGACUUUACUUCACAUUUAGAAGCUUUUCUGGUGAAACUUAGAAGAAACACCAACCUAUCAUUCGCAGUGUACCAAGAUGUAUAAGCUUGCAAUCAUACAGACUUCCGAGUUUUCUGUGUGCAUGUUCCAUUUAGUUCAUGAAAAGUUGCUUCGAUGUAUGAAAAAGAAAAAAAUUGAUGAUAAAAUCCGUUCCCGAUAAACAUAUACUUAUAUUUAUGAUUGUGAAAAACUAAUUGCAAUACCAAAGAUAACUCAGUAGUUGUGUUGUUGCAGCUUUAGACUUUUGCUUUAGCAGACCGCUUCAUGUCAUUGUUUGUAUUAUUUUGUUGACGUCUUAUUCACAUUUGGUUUUGCUUGUUGAUAUUUUUACACAUACCCAUUCCAUUUACAGAAAAAAAGGGCAUUUUGAAAUAGAUGUCGGGAUUUUUGGGUUGGAUUUCUCAUUCAUUCUGCAAGUUGGCCUACUCAUUUUCUCCAACAAUGCGCUGACAAUAUAUCGUUGAACAGGCAUAUAUUUUUUUUGGAAAUCGGGGGGGGGGGGGCAACAUCGGUAGCCUUAAUUCAAGGCUGUCUGUUUGUGUGAGGCAUAAACUAGCUGUAAAUGCUGAGGAACACCAAACUUCAGUAAUAAUAAAACUGUUGUCUUUUGGAAUGUUUAACUCUUUACCAGUUGUGUCAAACUUGAACCAGGCUUUUCAGUACAGGGGGUGAUGUUUACGACUUAUCCAGUCAGCAACUUGCAGAUUGGAAUAAAGUCUACACCAAACGGCCAGUCGAAUCUCAGUUAUAUUUGCGAGUGGAAUUUUUAAGAACAAAUUAUCAAUGGAACGCUCGCGUGAGUUUUUAUUACAAAAAUACAUGGUGUUUGUUUGUUUGUUAGGUUGUUUGUUUGACUUGAUCGAAUGUUUUUAACGUGGCAUUUCUGAAACUGCAACAUCAAAUUAUAUAAAUAUAUAUAUUUAAUAUUGUUUAUGAAAAUGUUAUUUGCUUUGUAUGUUUGAUAAUGAUUUAAAGUGUUCUUUUUAUAUGUUGUUGCAUGACAAAGCCCACUUUCUCUGUGUACGCUCAUUUAAUUUGGUUACCAUUAUUAACUAGUUAAAUAUUCAUUAAAGUAUGUUGUCGGGUUUAAGGCAUGUUUUCAUCAGUUUUAGCAGUAUUCAUCAAAAAGAUAAACUUUUAAGCUGGAUAUCUUGCUCGUUACCAAUGGAAAAUAUUUGGAUUUCUCACAGCCGGGUUUAUUUUGAAUUCUUUUGAAAUGUUGCUCUGGUCCACCAUUCCACCCAAAAUACUCUGCUUUUCCCGGAUUAUUCCUAAACCACUACUGUGAAAUAAAAGUUAUUUGAGGCUAAUAAUAGUC